AUGAAGGAAGAUCUAACAGACAUCAGGUCUUACCUCCAGUUUGAAAGUCCUGUCAUUCAAGCUCAGGUAAGCUUUUGAAAAUUUUUAUUUUAAAAUCAAGUUGUAGGGAUUCUCGCAACUUUUACAAUUAUUGAAAACCGGGGUUUUUCAAUCGGCCAAAUGUCGAACCGAUACUUUUGAUUUAUUCUUCGAUUGUUUAUACGCAUUCGGGCCGUUGCCAUGUUCGUGGCUGAUCGAAUCUGUUUCAGAGUUUAAAUCUCAAGGUUUUUCUGGUAAUUUUUGAGAAAAAUGUGGAAUUUCAGACGUUUUGAAAUCGGAAGAAGUAUUUGAAGGGUUUCUGUUACGUUUGAGCAAAGUAAAAAAUCCGGAAGAUGUUUUGAACGCAGUUUUGAAGAACUGCGAUUUGAAUAGCAGGUUUUAGGUGAAUUUAAAAAAAAUAAACCAUAUUUUUUCAGCUCUUUAUUAAAGUUAUCGAAGCAAUUGGAUGAGGCUUUGCUGUGCAGGAUUUUGAGAAGCAAUAGAAAUGCCAGGUUUUUGAAAAGGAAACACAUUUUUUAGGAUAAAUAAAUCGAUUUUAGAACCAAAAAACUUGCUUUGCAAGCCAUUUUUUCCGGAUUUCUUUCGGAAAAAUCGGUCCAAGCUUUGAUUUGGGAUGCGUCGGAUGACCAGUUGCCCAUUCUGGCGAAUUAUUUCCAAGAUUUUUCCUUUCGAGUAGAAAUUUUGAAGAAAUAUAACCAUUCCGGGUACUUAAAAGGUGAGAAAAAGGUUGAUUUUGAAGAUUUUUCAAGUUUUUAGGGUUAUCUUGUGAUGAAUUGAUGAAAGCGGACCUCGAAAGUGCGGAUUGUUUCACGAUUUCUGAGCUGAUUAAUAGAAAUCAGGUGCUUUUGAUGAAUCCAACGAUUCCUGCCCAUUAUAUUCAUCUUCCUGAUUUGUUUUCCCAUUUGCAGGCCAGGUAAAUGAUCGGAAUACCAUUGGGAAAGGUAUUUCAAUGCAAUUUGUUCAGUUUAGAGCCACCGGAUUGAAAAUUAUACGUGGGAAUUUGAUAGAGGCGGACCUUUUGAGGGUUAGUUUUUUCAGAAACUCAAAAAAUUAUCGAUUUUUUGGUGAUUUAAAAAAAAGCUUAUGUAAACCUUGUUUUGAAAUCAAGAAAACUGUAUUAAAAUAAAUUUUUAAUAUGAAAAAGUCGAAUUUUGAUAGUUUUUCAUCGUUUUUGAGUAAUCGUAGAAUUUUCUGAUUUUUUUUUAAGUUCUGAAAAAAAUAACUUGUUUAAAUUUUGGUUUUAAAUUAAGGGGAAACUGUGUUAAAGUAUGAUUUUCAAUAAAAAACGAAUUUUUAAGCUUUAGAUCGCGAUUUCUUUAAGUAAACUUUAUCGAUUUUCAGAUUUUUCAAUAUUUAAAACGGAUUUUUGAGUAUUUCUCGUCAUUUUUGAUCAUUUUAGGGCGAUUUUAUAUCAAUUUAUUCAGGAAAAACUAUAUUUUUUUGCAGAAUUUUUCAAACUUAUGAGCGGAUUUUUCCAAGUUUUUCUCAUUAUUUUUUUGAGCCUUUUUUUCGACAUUUUUCAAAAAUUUAUCUAAUUUUUUUAGUUGAUUUCCAAAUAAGCUGAUGUUUAAAAAAAUUGAGAAAAAAAGCACAAAAAAAUGGUUUAAGAACAGAAAUUUUAACAAAAAAAGUCGAAUUUUUGAGAUUUUAUUACGCUUUUUGAGCUUUUUUUCACCGAUUUCUUGAAGAAAAAAACUGAAUUUUUUUUCUAAAAUUUUUUUGAAAUUUGUUCAAUUUAAAAAUUUCCAGAUCAAAUCCCUCAUCGAUUCGUGUCAAAAAAAUUCCAAUAUUCUCCACGAAAUCAACCCGAAAUUGGGGAUUUUUGGGACAAUCAAAAAUCUCCUCGCAUUUAUCGCCACAAAUGACGUCAUUGAAGAUUUUUCUGGAUUCUGUUCGACAUUUACAGGUUUUCUUGGAGUCAAAUAUAUAUUUUUCGAAAUUUUUAGAUGGCUUCAAAAAAACCUAAAAUUCAUCGUCGCGUUAUUGCCAAAAAAACGGAAGGAUCUGUCCAAAAAAAUUGUGCUGCGAAAUAAUUUUGGAACUCUCAAAAAAAUUUCCCGAACAGGUUUUUUUAUUAAAAAUAUUCAAAAACAAAAAAAAAAGUUCAGGCCAACUCUCUGUCUUUAUAUUUCAUCACUUUAUUCGCCAGGCCAUUUUUCGAAAUCCAAAAAUCGACCGUUUUGGACGUCCUCCAUGGACUGGCUCAUCAUAAAGUUUGCAAUUUCCCCCUGAAAAGCUCAAUUUUCGAUUCAAGUUCGCCCUAACGACAAUCGUCCGAUUUCUGUGCGCCAUGUCACAGCAGAAAAUUGCGGAAAGGGAGAAGAUUUUCGGCAUUUUGGCCGAUUUGGUUACAUCGUGAGUUUUUUUUGGAUAUUUAUUGGGAAGACCGUGUUUUUGAAAUGAUUUUAGGAAAAAGUUCGAAUUUUUUUCUGAAAAAAAUCGUAUUUUUUUGAGAAGGUUCUGUUGAAGUUUUAAAUGUUUUUUUUGUAAUAAUCGUGAGUUUUUAAAGAAUUUUUUUAUGGAGCUUUCAAGUAACUUUUUUUCAGAAAAAAAUUCUGAAAAUUAAAACAAAUAUUGAAAUUUCAGUACACUUUUUUUAUAAAGUUCAUGAUGAAGUCUUGUGAUUUUUUUAUUAUUAUUUUUUUAAUUUUUCAGUCUUUUUGAAUUUUUUUGGGCAAAUUUUUUUACUAAAUAUCGAUGCCAAAACUCAGAUUUUCUCCAUUUUCGAGAAAAAUUAAACGAUGUGAUUUCUGAAAAAAUGAGGUUUUUUAGGAGGAUUUUUGAAAUUGAAGGCAAAAUUCGCCAUUUUUCUUUCAGAAGUUAUGUAAUUUUUCCCCAAUUUUGGAUGGUUUUUGAAUUUGCCACGUGAAAAAAAUUUAGAAAAAUUAUUGUAUUUAUUUGAAAAUAUCAAUUUUUCGAAAAAGAUUUAUCAAUUUUUAAACGAGAUUUUUCUAAUUAUUUUUUUCAAAUUUUCCAUUUUUUUCUAUAAUUCCGUGGUUAGAGAAAUCUCUGCGAAAUGCAAAUAUAGCUCUGACUCUCCAAGAUUUAGUUAUCUUUUUCUUUCUCUGACGCCUUUUGAAUUUUGCGGAAUCAAUACUGCAUGAAAUUUUUCUAAAAAAAUAUAAAAAAAUAGGAAAAAAAUCUCGUUUUUACCCCUGAUUGCAGUUUCACUUUGACUUGUUAUAUUUUUAUGUUUUUUAGAUUCCCAAGUAUUCUCGAGUCCCUGAUUCCAAUCGUCAAAGACUUCCCUUCCACUGAUUCGAUCGAUAUUUUCAAGGCCAAAUUGGCUUUGAUCUCUUCCGCUUGUUUGGCCAGGUUUUCUCAAAUUUCCCCUAAAGUUAUCGUUUUUCCUUAUUUCAGUGACAGUUGUGAUGAUUUGUUAUCAUUAUUGACUUCUCUGCUCAAAAAUGAAGGCGACAAGUUGGCGGCCACGAUCCGUGUGCUCAUUGUUCUGUGCAGGGAAGAUGUGGGUUUGAAAAAUAAUUUUUUUUAGACGUUUUAUAUCUUUUAAGUUGAAAUUUGUAACCUUAUAAGGUUUAACUGAAAAAUUAUCUUUUUUUCCAUGACAUUUUGAUCAGUUAUAAGCUGAAAAAAAGCCGAUUUUUUUCCAGCUUUUUUUAUCCAAUUUUUCUUGAAAAAUACGACCAGAAAGUGUUAGGAAUUAAAAAAAGGAUAGUUUUCAAAUCAACUAAAAAAAGUUUUUAAAGUAGAAAAGUUAGCGACCAGAGUGGUCCCUCUAGGGUUUUGAUGUUUAAGUGGCCACUGGAGUGACCCCCAUUGUAGCGCUACUAGGCCACUAAAACUACUAUAGUGACCCCUAAGGAGGGCAAAAUAAUAGUCUGGGAUGGUUCUUAGGGAUUUCAGAGUGGUCCCUAUAGGGGUUCAGGGGGAAAAACAGCCCCUUUAGGGGCCAAAAAGUGGUCCCUAUAGAAGUUUAGGGUCUGACCCUUUAGCCCCUAAAGCUCAAGUGGUCCCUAUAGGGAUCUUUCAUUUUUAUUCAAAAAACGUUUUUUUAUUCAGAUUUUCGCAUGUAUAUGCUUUUUCGCCUAGAGUUCAUAUUAUCGACUAUCUAAAACCCCUAUAGGGACCACUUUUGCAAGCUCUAGUGACCCCUUGAGGUACCACUCUAGAAUUCCUAAGAUUGGAUGAUUUUUUUUCCAAGCCAAAAAAACGACGGCUCUUGGCCCGUUUUGAAUUGAUAAAAACAUGGUUUUCGUGAUUUUCUACCCAAUUUAUUUGGAAAUACGAUCAGAUUUAUUUUUAAAAAAAUAAGAAAAAGAACUUUUUAAAAGUAGAUUUGAAAAAUUAGCGACUUGAGGAUUUCUUUCAAGCCAAAAACGACGACUUUUUGUCAGUUUUAGUUGAUUUUUACUCACUUUUUCGAUCAAAUUUUUCAAAAAUUAUGCAAUUUUCAGUUUUUCUGAACUUCCUAUGUCUCAGGUCCUCGAAUUCGCCACAAUCAAAAGACCUCUGGCGAAAAAGGUGCUCAAAAAAGAGAAUGAGCCGGCUUUGGAAGCUUAUUCUGAGCUUUUGGCCUUGGGCGCCGUUCCGAAUAAGGAGGAAACUGAAGAAAAUGUGAGUUUUAAUGUUCAAAUUGAGCUUAUUUUCAAUAAAAAAGGUUUUUCUGUCUCAGAAAAUUUGAAAAUUUUGAGCUUUUUGGUUUUUUUUUAUUCAAAGUUUUCACAUUUUUUCGUUUUUUCUGAGUUAAAAUUGAACAAUUUUGAUGAUUUCAACGGUGUUUUUCUCGAUUUUUUUGUGAGUUUUCCCUCUGAAUUCUCUAAAAAAAGGUCAUUUUUUUGUGUUGAAAAAUCUUGAAACGAUGAUUAUUUAUAGAGAUUUUUGUCACAAAGUUGCAUGAAUUGAAUUAUUUUUUUAGGGUUUUUUUAAGGGUUUAAAAAGAUGGAAAGGUUGACUUUUUAUAGUGGAAACUUGGUGAUUAUCGAUUUUUGGAGGUUUUUUUGAGGUCUUUUUAAGGUUUUUUCGUUCUUUUUUAAUUUUUCUUGCUCUUACAAGGAUUUUUUUCUUCCCAUAUUUUUUUUUGUGCUUUUUCAAGACUUUUUUUGCAAUUUUUAAGCCUUUUUUGCUCCUUUUCAAGUAUUUUUUACUCGUUUUAGGCUUUUUUCUUGCUCAUACUGGGACUUUUGCAAAUUUUUCAGGCAUUUUUUCAGGUUUUUAUGCUUUUUUAAUGCUCUUCAUAUGCUCUUUCCAUGCUCUUUUUAGAUUUUUUUCUGUCUUUUUAGAAAAAAAUUUCGGAUUUCUGCAAUUUUUUUCAAUGAUUCUAUAUAGAAUAUUCCUUGAAAAAAAUCGAAAAAAAGCUUUUUCUCCAUAAUAAUCAUCCUAAUUUUAGAACAAUGAACUCCGGGACGAUUGUAUCCAGGAAUUGUGGUCCUUGAAAAAAAUUCCUGCCACGGCGAAAAAGACGAAUCCCGGCAAAGGUCGGCUGCAGCCGCUUGGACUUCUUUGGGUCUCUUUUUCUCCUUGAAAAAAAGAAUAAAUAUUUUUUUUGUAGGAAAAAUAUGACCCAAAAGAUGUGAUGAACGUCGUCCAAGUGUCAUAUUUGCAGAUUGUUGAGGCGAUUUCGAAAAUGGAGACUUUGGAGAGAAAAGGUGGGAAGAAUGAGAUUACCGUUUCAAGGGCUUUAUUUGAAAAAAUAUGAAGCGCUCUGGUUUGAUAUACAGACAUUAACAAAAGCUCUAGUGGCCACUUAAGAGGCUCCUCAAGGACCACUUGGAGAGGGCACUAAAGUGGCCACUAAACUUAGGAACUAUAGGAAGAACCUCAGCAGUCAUGCUUGCAAAAGCGGCCCCUCUAGGGGACCAUGCUGGUGAGAAGAAAGACCUCUAGAGGGACCACUUGAGCUUUAGGAACCUAGCAGUCUGACCCUAAACCCCUAGAGGGACCACUUGAGCUUUAGGGGCUAAUAGAUCAGACCUCCUUAAUUUUACCCUUAUGUAUCCCACUUUUCGACCACUAUAGUAGUUGUUUUCCUCUCCAACCCCUAUAGGGACCACUCGGGAAUUCCUAAGAACCAUCUCAAGCCAUUUUUGUUCUUCUUAGUGGUCACUAUAGUGGUUCUAGCGGCCUAGUGGACUUCUAAAGUGGCCACUAAAUCUAGAUCACUCAAGUGGUCACCAAUUUAACUAUUAUAGGGACCACUUAAACCUCAAAACCCCUAAAGUGAUCUUUUUCCCAGAUUGUGAAUUUUUUUCUCGAUUUUUCAUUGAUUUUUUUUCGAAAUUGCACAUGAUCCUACUGUCGUGUUCAAAAAAAUUUUUAAUUUUUUUCUUUGAUUUUCCAAAUUUUAGUUAUCUUUCUCAUUCUCUGACGUCUAUUUUAAAUUUCCCGAUUUUUUUCGAAAAAUUUCUUCCCCGCAACGGUUAAAUAAGGAAUUUCAGAAUUUUUUUCGAAAAAUGAGUGUGUUUUUGGAAGACUUUGGAGCAUGUAAAAAAAGAGCGCUUCCUUUUCAAAUUUUACUGUUUCAGCGAAAUUUUAAACUCGAAAAAUUAUAAUUUCAUCUUGUUAGGCUGACAACUCUUAAAACAUUAUGAAAAGGUCGGAAAAAUGAGAAAAUCUGUCAUUUUUCUUUUUUUUGAAUUUCAAAUCUUGUAGGAUUUGCCAAUUUUCUCCAUUCCUGGUUGGCUAUCGAUAUUGAGGAGCUACCCCGGCCCAUUUAUACCGGAAAAAUGGGAAAAUCCACGAAUUUUCUACCGGUUUUCAGUAAAAUCGAUGCCUGGAGGGACACCUUGGCCAAGAAGUUUUCCGAGGUAGUUUUUGGGAUUUUUUAAAUUUUUGAAUAGCUUUUUCAAAAAUUUCUGUUCUAGUUCCAAAAAGUCUUAGUUCUCAUUAAAUUCUAUCUUGAAGAUAGUUUUUGUUAAAUUGUAUGUAGUUUGACCCCAGAAAAAAAAAAUGAAUUUUUUUGACAAUUUUUUUCACCUUUCUUUAUCUUUUUCUUGUACCGUCAAAAAAAGAAAUUUUCAUUCAAAAAAAUCGAUAAAUAUGUGAUAAAUAAGUUUACAGUUUCAGGAUUGAUAUUUAACAUUUUGUAAAAUUAUUCGAUCAAUUUUUAAUUUUUUAAUUUUUUCUAGUACUCUCAAAAAAACAAUUGAUCAAGGAUAUAGUCGAUUCACGGCUAGUUUGGCCUGUCUGCGCUCUCCACGAGCCAGGCAUUAUUUCUUUUCGUGUCAGGACCCGAUAUUUCGAUGGCUCAAUUCAGCCGUGAAUCAGCUAUAAAUAGGGUUACUGUUUCACAACUUCUAUUUAACAAAUUUUAAAGUUUCUGGUCAAUUUUUAUAAAUACAGCUAAAUUUUAUAGGAGCCGUGGUUCUGGAAGGCGACUUUGUCCUUGACCCCGCCCAUUUUUCAACUUUACGCUCCCAGCAAUCGAGCCGUUUCCAUGCUGAAACUUUUCAGGAAGCUGUUGAUUGAGGUGAAUUUUGAUAGUAAAGCGAAAAAAACGACGAAUAAAGCCUUUUCAGAAAGUUUUUUGAGGUAUUUUAAGUGUAUAUUUUUAAAAAUUGUAACCAAAUUCGUCUUAAAAAUGCGGAAGUAUUCCCUAAAGGGGCUUUUGUAGGGUACCCUCAAGGGCCCUCUUCAUCUUCCCCCUCAUAGGGACAUUAAAACUGGCAAAAGUGGCCACUUUAGGGGAGCAUUCUAGCAAUCCCUAUACGUCUUUUUAGCUUCCAAAUCUCAACAAAAAAAAAAUCAAAAAACCACUAUAGGGACCACUUAAGUUCUAAUGGCUCAGACCCUAAAACGCUAUAGGGAUCACCUGAAUUUCGGUCCCCUUUAGAGCACUUUUCUGAAUAUUUUAGGGUCUGUUUCCCUCCCUAAACCCUAUAGGAACCACUUUAGCGAUCCUUAGUUAGUGAAAUUUCAUUCUGACAGGUUUUUCAGAGUAAAAAUUCACACUAUUUCACUGUGAGACAUUCGAUUCUGUCACGUGUUCUCCUUGUAAAAACCAUUUUUCUCGAUGGGGCUCAAAAAUUACUGUGCAACGCGGUUGUGAUGCGUUUUGGCGCGAAUUUGAAAUUUUUUAAAAAUAAUCUUCUCUCAUUUAUUCUAAAAAUCUCAAAGGACCUUAUUUUGAAAUAUUUUGAUGUGUGUAGUCAACCUUCUUCAACAGGAAACCUGAAAAUGCUGAAUUUUUUUAAAUUUGCCAUCAGAAACGCAUCGUAAGCGAUAUCGCGAAUCUCUCGCGGCGUUAUCGCUAACUUUUUGCGCUGUAUCGUCUUUCAGAAAUUUUUUUUGGUUACUAAUUUAUUUCAUCAUAAUAGUCAAGUUUAAUGCGAUAAAAUGUGCAGAAAAUUUAAAAUUUAUGCGAUAUCGAAAGCGAUAUCGCAAAUCACUCGCAAACUUCUUGCGCUAUAUCGCCUUUCAAAAAAAAAUUUUCUUGUUUCGGAAUCAUUUCAUUCUAAUAGUAAAAUUAAGAGCAAAAUAAGUGUUUUAAUCUCAAAUUUGUGAAAAAGAGCGAUAUCGCAGCGAAACUUUAGCGAUGUCGCGGCGAAGGUCCGCUGCGAUGUAAUCCUUUAUUCUGAAUGGAGUCAUAUCUUUUUCCAGGUGCCACCAACCACAAAUGAGACUGAACGACGUGAAUUGUUCGCCAGCUGGAGACUGUGUCUGCGGGAAGGAUUCAACUGUCUGAUGGAGGCCCGGAGCAAUGACGUCAUCUGGACACGGGAUCAGCUCAGCGACGAAUGUCGGCGAGCCCUCCAGGAGUCCUCCACGUGUCUCGACAACGUCGUCGUCGUCUUGGCCCUUCUUGCUGAUCACAUCGCCGAGUUGGAGGGGAAGGUAGAGAUUGUCUCUGCGCCCUCUCAUCUUGGCGCGCUUUCUCACCGGCGAGGGAACAGAGAGACGCAGACACGCGAAAAAUCGCGGCGAAUGGACUAUAAAUACCUAAGAAGUUAAGGAAAUCAACUAGAAUCUUCUUGAGAAUUGUCUAAUUCUCUCCUUCUCGCGCGCUUUUGCGCUGUCUAAUUCUCUCUUUCUCACGCGCUCUCUCGCUGUUCUGAUCAUCUUGAGACCUGAAUUAUUAUUUUUCUUUCAUGUUGUACAAACUAUAAGGUGGCCUGUUAUACUAAAAGAAAAGUUCUAGUGGCCACUUAAGAAGCUCCUCGAGGACACUAAAGUGGCCACAAUAGUAGUUUUACUGACCCAGAGGGUGAAAAAAACCAUUUUUUUUUUCUCAAUUUUUCACCUUUUUUCUACAUUUUAACUCAUUUUUAAACUUCGGGGUUGCCCGAGGGCGAAUUUUAAAAUCAGGGGCCCGCCCCGGGUCGUCUUACUGGGCAACGUUUAACCCCCCCGGUUUAACUUUUGAUGAAACUUUGUUGGAGGGCGGGGUUUAAAAAGGCUCUCAAGUUAGGGCAAAACCAUCAUUGUGCUUCAGAAAUAGUAUUUUUUAACUGAAAAAAUGUCCUUUUUGGAUUUUUCAGUGUUUUUCGAAUAAGUCAUAGUUUACAUUGCUCUUCAUCUUUCAGAUGGAAGACCGAAAAUUAUCAAACCAACUGGCAAAAUGCCAAAAACCGUGGCUGAUCUCCGUCGCUGAGUAUAUCCUCCCCAUCGCUUUCGAUGACCACAAGCCGAAGAGCAAUCCGAUUUUUCAGAUUCUGGCGGUUCGUGGGAAUUUUAUAACGGAAGAUGGAUAAGAAAUUUUUGAACCAGAAAAAAAUUGAUAGAAAAUCAAGAAAGUACCUUUUUUCCUCCAAAAGUUCCCUAGAAAACUUGGUAAUUUUCAGAAUUUGAAAAAGUUUAUCUUUUUUGAAAAUAUUAUUUAUUUUUUCAUUGAAAUUUGAUUUUUUUUUUCGUGUUUCUAUGAGGAUGUCUUCAUUCAAAUUUUUGAUGGUUAUAUUUUUUUCGAAUCGAUUUUCAAAAAGUUUUAAAGGGCUUAUUUUUCUUAAAAUCGAAUUUUUUUAAACUUAUAGGGGGUUUUUUUUUUUCGAUGAAUCGAUUUUUUUUUUUUCGAAUCUUUAAGAAUAUUUUCUAAAAAUAUUUUUUUUCAAUUUUUUUUAAUGGGAUAUUUUCUUUUUUUCUAAUUUUUUUGAAGCUAUUUUUUUCUGGAGAAUUGAUCAUUUUAGACCCGUCAACCGUCUUCUGAAGCUGUUGCCCGGAAAGCUUUAAUUUUUUUGGCCAAAAUUCCAAGUGUCGUCGAGUUUUUUUGAGGCUGAGACGUUUGAAAAAGGUAUUUUUUUUCAAUUUUAAGUCGAAAAAUUUAAAGAAAGUUUAAAAAUUUCAGCUGGAAAAAGAGCCAUUUUUUUAUCAGAAAAAUCUGGAAAAAAAUCGAAUUUUCAAGGAGUUUCCAGGGGAGACUUGAACGUUUGGGCUGAAGCGGCAGGUUUUUUUGAUAAAAGAAAAAAAUAAAAAAAUAAUUUUCAUUUUAGGGGCCCAUCCAUUAACGGUUCUGGAGCUGGAAAAAAGCUUGGGAUUUGAAAAUUCGGAGGAAAAUCGGAUAAAUGAGCUUUUGGAACAAGCUUCUACUCCUGAUAAUGUUAAGGUAGUUGGCAAAAUUGAGGGGCUAAGGAAAACCAGAGUGGCCCCUUGAGGGGUCCUGAAAGAUUUCCCUACAGGGACCACUUUCCCUCCUUCUAUAGGGGGGUAAUGACGCUUACGAAAGUGGCUACUCUAGGGGAGUAUACUGGUGAGAAGAAAGACCCCUAGAGGGACCACUUGAGCUUUAGGGACCUAGCAGUCUGGCCCUAAACCCCUAGAGGGGCCACUUAAGCUAUAGGAACCUAGCAGUCGGACUCUAAACCCCUAGAGGGACCACUUAACUUUCACCCCUAUAGUGAGCACUUUUUGUCCCCCUAUGAAGGCUGUUUUUCCCCAACCCCUCCAGACCACUCCUGUUGAAAUUUCAGCUGGAAGUAGGAUCAUUUUCAGACUAGCAUGUCCCCUGGAGGGACCACUGAAUAAACUCCUUGAAUGGGUAAUUGUCAAGGUUUUGAGGCCCCUGAGGGGGAGCUUAAGUGGCCUCUAGAGGGAGCCUUCAAGAGCUUUUAAGGUUACCCCUAUAGGGACCAUUUCAGAGUUUCCAAGUUCUUUGAUUGGUCUAAAAAAUGAAAUUUUACAUUUUCCAGAAGCUUUUCGAAGCCCUGGCCAAUUCAAACAAGAAUUUCUUGACCGAUUUUGGAAAAAAGCUGAAAAAAUUCGAAAAAGUCUGGAAUUCGGCUGAAGAACCACCGAGAAGAGCGAUUUUUGAAGGUUUUUCCGAAAAAUUUGAAGAAAAAAAUGAUUUUUCCUUCAAGGAUUUUCACGGUUGGCUCUGACUUCCUGGCGAAGAUUGGAAGAGCCUCAAUAUUUGGCCGUCGAUGAGUUGCCGGAUUCAAGUCUCCUCAAAACUGUCCUUUUUUCGUGUUUCGUGAAGAAUCCAAUGCAUUCGGAAGCCGUCAAAGACUCGAUUCCCGCCUUUUUUGGCCAUAGAAGGAGUGAUGGAAGGUUGGUGGAGACUAUCCCGUGUUUUUAAAGCAAAAAUACCGUAUACCAAACUUCGCUUCGAGACCCUUUUUUUUGUUUUUUAGGUUUUACGGCAGCUUUUUUAUUUCCAUUUUGCACAAAACACACUAUAUAGCAUAUUCCGCGUCAACUUGUCAUAUUUCGGGCCAAGAUACCGUAAUUUUCCAAUUUUCAGGUCUCGAAGCGAAAAAAAAACUGUUCAUAAAUUUUUUUUUAUCGGGACAAGUUUGCGCAAAAAUCACUAUGAAAAUGUGUCCAUUCCGCGCCAGCUUGUCACCUUUUUUUAGACUAGAAUACCCUAUACCCUUAGAUUGAAGGUCUCGAAGCGAAAUGCGAAAAUGAGAUCAGUAUACUGUAGUUUUUUUUUUCGAAAAUUCCGCAAGUAAUUCACAUUUAAAAAAUGUUCUAGCCUAUUCCGUGAAAGCUCGUCACGUUUUUUUCACUCUCGUCAGAUUACCGUAUCCCAAAAUUGACCACGUUUCGCUGCGAGACCUUUUUGUAGGUUUGUGUAGAAAAAGCUUCUAAACAUUUUUUUUUUUUUGAAGAUUUUUCUUUUUGGAGAAGUUUACAAAUUUCUGCUUUAAUCAGUCUUUUUUUUUAAUUCAUACUUUUUUAUAAAUUUUUCUUAAGUCUUUGAUUAGACAAUUAUUUUUCAAACUUCAAUUAUUCUCAGAACACUCCCGCCCAUCAACUGGUCCAUCAUAACAAAAAAUCUCUCGGAUUGGCAAAACGACGAAAUUUCUCGAUUUUCCGUUUUGUCUUUGGCUUGUGAUCAACACGUUGCUCUUUCUGAGGCUAUAUUGAAAAAAAUUGUUGAUAAUUUAAUUUUUCAGAUCCUCCAAGAAGCGACUUCGGCCGAAAAAUUUGUCAAAAAAAUCGACGAGAAAUCUCUCGGAUUAUUGGCUGAAAAUUUGACAAAAAUUAUCGGGAUCCUGCCUUCUCAAAGAGUUUCCAGCCUUUUUGAAGUUAUAUAAUUGUAAAAAAGGAAAAAAAUAAAAGAUAAAAUUGAAGGAAAAUCGUGGAAAAAGCUCAAAACUCGGAGGAUUUGGCACGGAGAGAGUCUUUGUCGAAGGCUUUGGCGAAUUUGCAAAAUUAUCAGGUUCUUUUUUGAUUUUCUGACCUGUCUGCGCUCUCUUUUCUCUCGUCGAGGUUCAUGGAAAUAAUAUGGGAAUGUGAGAGAGCGCGGAGAAAUUAGAGAAUUUUUCAAUUUUUUCUUUUUAAAAAACGCGCUCCGGACGCUUCGCAGCAAUUCUAGGGAUCACUUAAGCGGUCUGACGCCGCUAAACUUAGGGAAUCCAAAGUGGUCCCUAUAGGGGCAACGUUAGGACCAUUUUACCAACCCCUAUAGGGCCCACUAAAGCUUACAAAAGCGGCCCUAAAGGGGUUUCAGUGAGCGGCCUCUAUAGGGGUCUAGCAAGUCGAUCUUUAUGUGAAGAAGAAUUUCCAUGCGAAAAACUAGACAUAUGAACUUUUUUGAAUAAACUUAAAUGACCCCUAUAAUGACCACUUAAGCUUUAGGAGCUAAGGGGUCAGGCCCUAAACCCCUAUAGGGACCACCUUAAUUUUACCUCUAUAAAGACCACUUUUCCGGACCCUAUAGGAGCUGUUUUUUCAUCUAAACCGUAGAUGGAUCACUCUGAAAUUCCCCUAGAAGUGCUCAGAAACGUCCCGGGCGCUUACCGAGCUUCGAAAUGUUGAAAAUCAAUAAAAUCAAUAAAAUGAAUUAAUUAUUCUAUUUUUGAGGUGGUGAGUGAUAUUUUACGCGAAUCCCUUCCGGCCCUAACUGAAGCUCGACAAACGACGAAUAUCCUCCUGAAGGCGAUCAUCGAACCGGCCGAGUUUCGAUAUCAGAUUUCUAGGUAAUAAGAAAUUUUUCAAGGGAUGCCAGAGUGGUCCCUGUAGGGGUUAGAAAAAAACAGCGGGCAAAAAAAAAUUUUAAGGCUGUUUUUUUCUCCAAGAGUCAUAACAAUAAACGACCAGGGGCAUGUUCUAAAACACGAGCGGUUGUGGGGCACGAGCGGCACGACCGUUACUAAAUCACAAGCGGUUUCAUUUUCGCUCCUUCGCGAACGCUUCUAAAUCACGAGCGUUUUUGGCUUAUCGUUCUGUUCGAGCGUUUCAUUUUAAUCAUUUUCUUUAUUACCAUCCAAGUGUGUUUUUUUUUUCAUAUUUCUACCUUCUUUUUUUCUCCUUGAAUACAAAUUUUUGACGAUCUUAUAUGCACAUUUUUUUCGCUCAAUUUGUUGAUUGAUUCACAUUUGAGGUUCAUAUAAUGAAUUUUUUUCUAAGUUUUUUUGCGGUCUCUAUAAUUUCACAGAUUCUGCGUAUGGCAAAUUUUUUUCUAAUAAUUUCAUCUGAUUUUUCAUAUUCAAUAUUUCACAGAUUUUGCGUAUGAUAAACUAAUAUUUCACAGACGUCUCGCAUGAAAGUCAAUAUUUCUCAAAUUUUGCGUAUAGCAAAUUUUUUCUAAUACUUUCUCUCAAAAAUUUUUUUUCUGGUAAUAGAAUCUCAUAUUCGAAUUGAUGCCAUUCAUAUUUUAUUCUCCUCUUACCCGCUAGAAUAGUUUUGGAGAUACUACCAAAAAAAUUUAUUCGUUUCCAAGCUUUGAAAAAUAUUUAUCAUGAAACGAGAAAAAAAAUACGAAAUUUACGAAGUAUCAAAAAUAAAUUAAUAACCGUAGCGAAUGAAUGAAAUAAAUGCCAUAAGCGUCUGGUGGUUCAUCGGUGAAUGACAGCCGUAUAACGAAACAGAUUGGAAAAAUGAAAAAUAUAGAAAAAAAGGAAAUCAAUGUAUAAAUCAGAGUUUAUAUGCAAUAACAGGGGGCUUCGUGUAAGCAGGUGAAAUUGAAAAAAAUAAUUCUCCUCACUGGAUCCCGCGCAGAACGUUCAGGGGAACUUUUCUAACAUCCGAAAAAAAUUCGCCCUCAACAUAUGGCUGAUCCGAAAAAGAAUUAAUCUCAUCGAGGUGAACACCGAUGAUGUUUUGGUUCUCUGAAAGAUAAUAAAAAAUAAAAAUCUGAGAAAUAUUGACUUUCAUGCGAGACGUCUGUGAAAUAUUAGUUUAUCAUACGCAAAAAUCUGUGAAAUAUUGAAUAUGAAAAAUCAGAUGAAAUUAUUAGAAAAAAAUUUGCCAUACGCAGAAUCUGUGAAAUUAUAGAGACCGCAAAAAAACUUAGAAAAAAUUCAUUAUAUUAACCUCAAAUGUGAAUCAAUCAACAAAUUGAGCGAAAAAAUGUGCAUAUAAGAUCGUCAAAAUUUGUAUUCAAGGAGAAAAAGAAGGUAGAAAUAUGAAAAAAAAAACACACUUGGAUGGUAAUAAAGAAAAUGAUUAAAAUGAAACGCUCGAACAGAACGAUAAGCCAAAAACGCUCGUGAUUUAGAAGCGUUCGCGAAGGAGCGAAAAUGAAACCGCUUGUGAUUUAGUAACGGUCGUGCCGCUCGUGCCCCACAACCGCUCGUGUUUUAGAACAUGCCACGACCAGGCUGUCCCCUAGAGAGGCCACUUUUGCAAGCUCCAGUAAGUCUUCUAGAGGUCUAGGUGGUCUUUGAUUCGGCUGGUUGGAACCUUAAGGGACCACUCUGGCAAUACCAGUAAAGUUAAAAAGCUCAACACAUAUCGGUUGCUAUAAGACUGCGCCCGACCUGGGACGGUUAUCGCCUCUUGGGAACUUGAAGUUUUGUUAGUCAAAUGCAAUCCGCAACGCGUCCUAAUCAUGUUAUUUUCACAAGAAAGUCAUUCCAAUCACAAAAUUUUUCGCGAAAUCACGAAAAAACGGUCAUUUUUUUAUUUUCUAUUUUAAAAAUAGGAAAUGGAUGAUUUUCAAGCUUCAGACAGUUCGAUUUUUGGCUGGAAUGCCGGGAUCUCGUCACUAUGAACGUACGACAACUGUGUGAUUUGUAUUCGGAUGAAGAAAGUAAACUUGGAAGGUUCUUUCACACCAAAAAGUGAUGGAAAUCCGAUUUUACCCAUUUAGGAACGUCCUUUUGUGCAUUUUCGGGUCGAUCUGCAUCAAAUUAUCGGAUAAAAAUCGAAUGGACAAGGUUUUGGACGUUAUUACGAGUAGUCGAAUUGCGAAGAGUACGAAUUCUGAUCAGGUGAGAAAAAGACGUUUCCAGAGGGGUCCCUAUAGGGACCUUUGAAGUUUCUACUUUAGAAGCCGCUAAGGCUUGCAAAAGGGGCUAUUCUGGAGGUUUAGUUAGUGGCCUUGUGUCUUUAGUUUUUGAAUCUGAACGAAAAGUUGGAAAAACCCUAUAGGGGCCACUCAAGCUUCAGAAGCUUAAAAGUCAUACCCUGAACCCUUAUAUGGAACACUUGAGCUUUAAGAGCUAAAGGUUAGACCCUGGCCCCUUUAGGGACCCCUUGAGCUUCAGGAGUUUAGAGGUUGAACCCUGAACCCCUAUAGCGACCACUUAGGCUUUUGGAGCUAAAGGUUGAACCCUGGGCCACUUUAGGGACAACUUAAGCUUAAAGAGCUAAAGGUUCGAUCCUGAGCCCCUAUAGGUUCCAAGUCGGUCUACGUUACAAUGAAACCUUGUAAGUUUCACGAAAACGUUUGAAUACAAUAGAAGGAAUUUGUAGUCUUGAAACAAUUUUAUAACAAUAUAGUCCAUCCACCGCGACUUUUCGAGUGUCUGCGUCUCUCUGUUCCCUCACCGGCGAGGUUAGAUACACGCGAAAAUAGUGCGUCGACUUGAGAGGGUCGCCGAGAGACGAGGAGAGCGCAGAAAAGUUCGAGUGGCGAAAAAUGGACUAUAGAAACUUCUUGGAUGAUUUUUGAAGUUCUAUGAGAAUUAUUUCUGAUUUUCAAAUCUAUGGUCGCAUUUGGAAUGGCUCGAUGCGUUUUAAUGUCCCCGACCUAAAACGACUUGCGCUUUUGUGCUUCUUAAAGCAAUAGAGCUGUGAAAAACGUCUCUAAAUUCUUAGUUUCAUUCUCCACUUGGAAGCCUAGGGUCGCAUUUGGAAUGGCUCGAUGCUUGACAGUGCGCCCGACCAAAAACGGUUUGCGCCUUUCGCGUUAAAAAAUCAUUAGAGUGAGCUCUGAAAAACCCUGAAAUUUUUAUGUUUUUAUUAGCCUUAACACUCUGACGAUCCUAAAAACCGACUAUGAUUGUAUAAAAACCAUUGAUUCCACAAUUUCAGUCCCCAUUCUUGGCCUUUUUCUUGACCUUGGUGACGUCACAACCUGAAGCUGAAAUCCCCAUACCUUGGUUCGGCAAUGAAAAGGUACAUUUUCAACCAGAAAAAGUUGAAUUUUUACGCUUUUCAGUCAAUCCUCCGUUUGAUGUGCGCCUUGAGAUCGUCAUUUUGGGAUCGUUUCGUGAAUUUGCCGUCGAUGGAGGAAAAUUGUGAGAUUGUGAGUUUGGGAAAAGGAUUUUUGUAAGGAAAAUUGCGUGAACUUUUUGAAUUCGGUGUCUUUUAUAGGGUCAGGUUCAUACAAAUCCAAAAAACCACCCAAAAUCGGCUAAAAAAUCAAAUAUUCAGAACAUUUUUGAAACGAAAAUUUUGUGAUGAGUUUGUAAUAAAUAAACUUUGUAAGAAAAAAUCUUCAAAAAAAAUAAAUGAAUAGCAAGAAAAGUUCGAAUUUUUCACAUUUCGAGGUCUCGAAGCGAAAAGAGUUUUGUAGUUGUGGGCGUGGCUUAUGAUUUAUUUUGAUUCCCUUUGAAAGCCCAAUGAGGCUGGUCAGUGAAAAAAAUGUAUAAGUUUUGUUCCUUAAAAAUAUGAAGGACAAUGGUCGCGCUUGGAAUGGCUCAAGAAGUUAAGGUCAUUUGAACAAAAAGCAACCGAUCCAAAACGACUUCCGCGUGAUGGCAUCAAAAACUGUUUAACCAAGCUUCUGGAUAUCAAAAAAACUAUAACUGGAGGGGGCAGGCUCAAGCUAUCGAAAAAUGGGUCUUGAAACGAGUAAAAAAGAGAUAGUACCUGGUUUUUAGAGAGCCCAGACAGGCCACGCCCCUUUGAAAGGGUCUUGACACGAUAAAAAAAAAAGAGAGUAAGUGCAUCAUUGGAGGAGAGCACCGACGGGCCACGCCCCUUUUAAAGGGUCCUGACAAGAUAAAAAAAGAGAUAGUGUCUGGUUGGAAGAGAGCCCAGACAGGCCACGCCCUUUAGCGUCUUUGUAUCGGCUAUAAAAGAAAGUUUCUUUUCAUUCACAUCCGAUUGAACUGGACGCGCCCUUUUUGAGCAUUUCGAGUGGCCACUUUAGUGUUUUGAGCCCUCUUAAGUGGUCCCUAGGGUAGCUAAACAGCACUCUUAAGCGGCUAUAGAGCCAGUUCUGACCGCGACGCCUUGAGCCAUUCGCAAUGCGACCAGGCCUUUUUCCUCGUAAGGUAGAACCGGAAACGGAAAUGUUGAUGAUUUCACAGAAAAAAAAACAUUUUUCAAAAAAGAUUUUUCCAGAUCUCUACAUUCCUUUGCCCCUACGUCCGAGACGACGGCUUCGCCUUGGGUUGGGAGAAAAUCGUGGCCCGAGAUUUUUUCAAAUCCCUUCUCCGGAAGUUCCCCUCCCGGGUCAUGCCCCUCGUUGAAAAUGCCGAUGAUCACUUUUGGGAUUGUCUUUUUUUUUGAUUUUUGUUUUUUCUGGAUUUUUAAACGGGUAGUAUCCAAUUCCGUGUGACUUUUUGAGAUUAUUCUUGUUUUUUUAAAUAAAAAUUUUAUUUUUUAAUCGUUUUUGAAUGAUUCGUUUCAAUGGUAUUUCUUGCCAUUUUGAUUACUUUUUUUGUGAUUUUUUUCGUGUUUUUUUGUCGAAAUGGCUUUUUUUGGUUGAAUUUUUUUCAUAGUUUCUCUGAAAAAAACGACCAAAAAAAGGGUUAAUAGUUAUUUUUUUUGAACCUCAAUUUUUUUCAAAAAUAUGAAAAAAAUUAAUCAUAGCUCUCCACAAUUACCCAAUUUUCAUUUCAAAAACGUUCGGAUUUGCGUUUUUUUUUGUGACUCAGAACACUAAAGUGGUCCCUGGAAGGUUCCCCUUAAGUGAAUACUUAACCCCGCUUCCCUAUAUCACUUAAAUAAUACCCUUGAAAAGAGCUCUUCUUAGUCACCUAUAGGGGCUGUUUUUUUUUUCUUAGCCCCUCUAGGGACCACUUGAGCUUUAUGGGGCUUAAGAGGUCAACCCUAAACCCUUUAGGGGCCACUUGGACUCAAACCCUCUGAGGGAGUUUCAAAAGUGAGUGCUAAAGCCCCAUAGGGUCCUGGAAAGCUCCCCCUUUAGGGGCCACUUGGGCCUCGGGAGGCGAACUCUAAACCCUCUAGGGGCCACUCAAGCUUCAACACUAAAGGAGUAUUUGUUCGUCGCCUGUAAGAGCUGUUCUUCUUCUUAACCCCUAUAGGGACCACUCUGGCGUCUCUUAAGUGAGUUAAACUGCAAAAACUUCUGAAUUUCCAGAUGACGUUGCUGACGAACGAGGAAUUCCUGUCGCGUCUGGCGGGAUUCUACAUGGAUUCCAGAAUCAAGGGUUCCAAGUCGGUCUACGUUACAAUGAAACCUUGUAAGUUUCACGAAAACGUUUGAAUACAAUAGAAGGAAUUUGUAGUCUUGAAACAAUUUUAUAACAAUAUAGUCCAUCCACCGCGACUUUUCGAGUGUCUGCGUCUCUCUGUUCCCUCACCGGCGAGGUUAGAUACACGCGAAAAUAGUGCGUCGACUUGAGAGGGUCGCCGAGAGACGAGGAGGGCGCAGAGAAGCUCGAGUGGCGAAAAACGGACUAUAGAAACUUAUUGGAUGAUUUUUAAAGUUUUAUGAGGAUUAUUCAACCUUUGCGGAUCUGAUUUUCAAAGGUCGCAUUUGGAAUGGCUCGAUGCUUGACAAUGCGGCCGACCCAAAACGACUUGCGCUUUUUGGCGACAAAAAUCAUUAGAGAGUUCUAUGAAAAACGCUAAAAUCUUUCGGGUUAUGAUCCGCCUCAACUUGAAAGCCUGGGGCCGCAUUUGGAAUGACUCGAUAAAAAAAUUUUGCGCCCGACCUAAAACGACUUGCGCUUUUUGCGUCAAAAAUUAUUGAGCUGAGGCAAAAGUUCAAUUUUUUACGGCUCCAUUUUCCCUAACGCUGACGCCUAAGGUCGCAUUUGGAAUGGUUCGAUAAAAAAUUUUGCAACCGACCAAAAACGACUUGCGCUUUUUACGUCUAAAGGGAUUAAUGUUGGCUAUGAAAAAAAGGCUUUUUUCCGGUUUUAAAUACAUUAACUGGAUAGCCGAGGGUCGCAUUUGGAAUGGCUCGAUUUUCCCGACUCAAGACGGCUUACGCUUCUUUUCAUCAAAGAUAAUUAACUAAAGCUUUUAAAAUUAAAGCCGCGGCGCUUUGAGCCAUUCUACGUGCGACCAAAAAUUUCAAGUACCAAAAAUUGGAGUGAAUUGCUUUAUCUUAAAUUUCAAUAUUUUUCUUCUUUUUCAUUUUGUUUUUUUGGAAUGUUAUAAUUUUUCUUUCCAAGACGAUGGGCGGACGAAAGCCGUUGCGGCGGGGACGGAAUUCGGCGACGAUGCCGAUAUUUCGUGUCUCUGUCGGGCCAAGUGGGGAAAUCACAGGAUCAGCACCGCGGUUUGUUAAAAUCUUCUCUUUAAAAAAAAACCUCAUUUCUGAAGAAUUCCAUCAACUUGCUGUUUCUUGAGUGUUUCUUAACCGAUUUCUCCAGUUCAGGAUAAUGCGAUCUUAACUAGCCCGGAAAGUUAAUUUUUCUCCUUUAUUUUUCAAAGUAUCGAUUUUUAGCCUUUUAGGCCCUUUUCCUUAUUUUUUUUUCAACUUAAAAAGAUCAAUAAAAAAAUAAUAAUUUUGUGAUUUCAGACAACUAAAUUUUAGCCCCUUUAGUGGCCACUGAAUCAAUUGCUCUAGUGACAACUAAAACGUUAAAACCAAGAAAUUUCCCAGAUUGAAGCUUUUUUACAAAUUUUUAUUCGUUAUUUUCAACUGCAUAAGAUCGUAACACCUUGUUUAAAAAUUUCGAAUUUAUCUCUGAAUCUCCAAAUUUUCGUUAUCUUUUUCCACUCUCUGACGACUACUAAAUAAAUCAAAAAAAUAAAGCAUUCUGGAAAAAGUUCGGAAAAAGUCGGUUUUGGAAAAACUAGGCCACGCCGCAAUUUCGCUCCAUGGAAUACUUUGAAUAUGAAUUUUUUCUUUUCUGAAUUUUUUUCUUCCUUUUUUUGAUUUAAUUAAGGUUUUUGCCUUUUUUUGCAUAGAUCCCAUAGAAAAAAACGAAGGAAAACCCAGAAAUGAUUAAAAAGGUUGAAGUCGAAAUGUUCCAUGGAGCAAAAUUGCGGCGUGGCCUAGUUUUCCAAACUGACGGACUUUUCCAGAAUGCCAUGUUUAAAAAACUCAAAUUUUUCUCUGACCCUCCAAAAUUCAGUUAUCUUUUCCAUUUUCUGACGACUAUUUGAAAAAACCAAUAAAAAAUAAAAUUAUAGAAAUCUCAGAAUAAAAUUAAUAAUUUUUUGUGGAAACGGGAAACUUGUUUUGAAGAUAACCGCGAAGGAAGUCAACAAAUUCCACACGGCCUACGCGACGCUCCUCCGGACCAACAUGGACGCCUUGGAGAAGAAGAAAAAGACCGAGGAGGAAAAGAAAAAAACUGUCUCCAAGGCCUAA